AAACCGUCUGUGUUCCGGCACAGAAACACAACAGCAACAACUCUCCCCUCUCCAGACCCCACCAACAUCCAAACAAAACCUCACCCCCCAGCAACAGCAAAAAUGAAGCUCUACUUCGCAAGCCACUGCUGCUCCCUGACCCCGCACAUCGUGCUACAAGAGCUAGGCCUACCCUACGACCUCGUCCGCGUCGACAUCCGCACGAAGCGCACCUCGGACGGCCGCGACUUCCUGACCGUGAACCCCAAGGGCUACGUGGCGGCGCUCGAGCUCUCCAGCGGCGACAUCAUCACCGAGUGUCCGGCCAUCGUGCAGUACCUAGCCGACCUCUCCCCCUCGGCCAAGCUGGCCCCCGCCGCGGGCACCCUCGGCCGCGUGCGCCUGCAGGAGUGGCUCAGCUACAUCAGCGGCGAGCUGCACGCGAGCCUGGCCCCGCUGUUCAACCCUGCGCUGCCCGAGGCGGCGCGCGACAUCUUCACGGCCAAGGUCGCGGCCCGCCUGGCCGUCGUCGAGGCCGCCCUCGCGGCCGAUAACAGGGAGUACCUCCUCGGCGACGACGUCGGCUUCACCGUCGCAGACGCGUUCCUGUUCGUCAUCCUCGGCUGGCUGCCGCUUUUUAAGAUCGACCUCGCGGCCUGGCCUCGCACCGCUGCGCUCGCGAGGCGCGUCGAGGCGAGGCCGUCGGUGGCUGCUGCGCUGGCGCGGGAGGCUGAGGCCCCGGAGGUCAAGUGAUUUUGGGGUUAUUUGUGAUUUGGACCCACUCUUGUUGCGAACUGCGGUGGUAUGGAUCAGCAGAAUGGAUCAGCCUUGACGGACUUGCUUUAGGGCCUUACGGUCUUCUUUGUUUUGCAAAUUCUGCUGGUUUCCUACAGUAAUGGAAAACCACAGUAAAAACUCAUCCCGGAAGGAAGCCGGUAUUCAGGACUGGAACGGGCUAGGAGCUCAACCUCCAGACCCCCUGAUGGAAGUAUUUAUAUCCUUACUUCAGCCCAUAGUUAGAUCUUUUGGCCUUACGCUUCAGUUAAUAUAACCUCAGUGGCCUCACUUCUCAGUAGGGGUUAGAUAGAAGGGGAUUGUAUGCGCCACCCUAUUAUAAAGUCAC